UGGCACAGUGACACAUGAUCAGCACUGGUUCUAGUUUUUGUAUCUACUUCGCCAUUGCGUUCAAUCUUUCUUAUUCUUCAUUUCCACUUUCCUAUUGCAUUCAAUCUUUCUCUUUUGCUUUCUAUUACUUACAUCUCAUUACAUUGGCUUUAUUGAAAGAAAAGAAAAGAAAAGAAUUAUGGCUGCUGCAAUACUGGAAAUCUUUCUUUCACCGUUCAUUGAAAUCUGCAAGGACCCGUUUGUAGAGUACGUUGUUCUCCCCAUCAAACGGCGUAUCACUUAUCCUUUCACCUACAAGACCAAGCUUCAGAGACUCCAAGAUUUGACCGGCAAGUUGAAGGACAAAAGAGAUAGGUUGCAGGACUCCGUUGGUGAUGCUGAAAGAAAUGGAGAAGUUGUCUAUGUGAACGUUACAAACUGGCUGUCCUAUUCAGAAACAGCCAUUCAUGAGGCCCAGGUGCUUGUCAAUGCUGAAGAUGAAGCUGCCAAGAAGAGGUGUUUCGUGGGAUUGUGUCCCAAUCUGAAGACACGCUACCGGCUUAGCAAGAAAGCCGUGGAGAAUGCUUCCGCAAUUGAUCAGCUGGAUCAGCUGGAAGCGGGUCUCCAUCCACUUUCCCACCUGCCGCAUCUUCAGCAGCAUGUGGAUCCAUCUGUUUUUGGUUUUGAAGAACUGGAAUCAAGGCUGUCCAUUCUGAAGCAAGUUAUGGAGGCUCUUAAGCAUCCUAAUAUCAACAGGGUCGGCAUUUGGGGGAUGGGCGGUGUGGGGAAAUCCACACUAGCAAAGGAGGUCCAUGGCCUCGCUUUGAAAGAGAAGUUGUUCGACAAUGUGGUUUUUGUCCCCGUAUCAGAAAAACCUGAAUUUGGAGAAAUUCAAAAAAUAAUUGCUGCUGUCCUGGGUCUGAACUUUGACGUGGAGGAUAGGCUUGUCCGAGCAAGUCAUCUAAUUAACAGGAUCAAAGGGAAGAAGAUUCUUAUAAUUCUUGAUAAUAUCUGGCAAAAAAUUGAUUUAGAUCAAAUAGGAGUGCCGAUCGGAGCUGCUGGCAAGGAUUGCAAAAUACUGCUUACCUCAAGGGACAAACGUGUAUUACUAAAUGAGAUGGGCACGGAAAAAGAAUUCAUGCUUCAAGUUCUCACUCAUGAAGAGGCUUGCAGUAUGUUUGCAAAGACUGUCUCUCAUGCUAAAGAUCCAGACUUUAAUGUUAUUGCAACUGAAGUCGUCAAAAAAUGUGGAGGAGUGCCGUUGCUGAUUGAACUUGUUGCAGGGGACUUGCGGAAUUGUAAGGAGUUAGGAAUCUGGGAGGAGAAGCUGCAUCAAUUAUCUGACUUCAAGGAUGAGGAAAUAGACUUGAAAGUGCACGAGUCGCUAAAGUCAAGCUACAACAAACUAAUUGGUGAGGAAAUUAAAUCAUUUUUCUUGCUUUGUGCGCUAUAUGGACAAUCCAAUAUUCAGAUUCAAUACUUGUUGAGAUAUUGUAUGGGUCUGGGUUUAUUAAACGAGAGACCUACUGUCAACGAUUCAAGGAAAAGGGUUUACAAAUUGAUCAACCACCUUCAAGAUUGUUGCUUGUUAAUGAAGGGUGACAUGGAUGGGUCUGUCAAAUUGCACGACAUCAUUCGAGAUGCUGCUCUCUCUAUCGCAUGCAGAGAGAAACAUGCAUAUAUAUGUCGAAGCAGUGCUAUAUUGACGGAAUUGCCAAACAAGGAUUGCACUACAAUUUCUUUGCCAUUCUGUGAUUUUCAGAAUUUUACCGGAUCUCAUUCCGAAACUUUGAAGUUUGAAUGUCAAAAUGCAGAGCUGUUGUUGCUCCUUACUGAAGAUAUUUCUUUAAAAGUCUCUGAUUCAUUUUUUGAAGGAGUUAUGAAGCUGAAAGUUUUGGAUUUCACAGGAAUGGGGUUGGGGUGCCUUCCUUCAUCCAUCAAAUCCCUAACAAAUCUGCAAACCUUGUGUUUACAUCGUUGUCAUUUGGAUGAGUUAUCUAUCAUUGGAAAGCUUAAGCAAUUGAAGGUCCUGAGUUUUGUUGAUGCCUAUAUGGUUGAGCUUCCCAAAGAAAUAGAGCAAUUGACUCGGCUCAAGAUUCUUGAUUUGAGCAAUUGCUCCAAAUUGAAAGUUAUUCCUGCUAAUGUCUUCUCAAAGUUGACUAUGUUAGAAGAGUUGUAUAUGAGCAACUUUAUACACUGGGAGGCUGAAGGUAAUGCAAGUCUUGAAGAGUUGGAGCAUUUAUCUCACCUAACAACUCUGGAAAUGCAAGUUUUAGAUCCCGACAUGAUACCAAAGUCUUUCUUCUUCAAUUUCAAAAGGUUGCAAAAUUACAGGAUAGUCAUUGGAAAUGUUUGGGACUCGAGACUGAAUAAUGAAUGCUCAAGAAUAUUCAAGCUCAAGUACAAGACGAGCAUUUAUUUACAGCAAGGGUUGCUAAAGUUAUUGAAGGAAAGUGAUGAUCUAUACUUAGAUGAAGUGUGGGGAAUUAAGAGUGUGUUGUAUGAUCUUGAUGGGGAUGGCUUUCGGCAAUUAAAACAUCUUCAUGUCCAGAAUGAUCCCGCGAUUCAACAUAUUGUCAAUUUAACAAAUUCGUCUUCAUGUCCGGCAUUUCCCAUUCUACAGUCGGUGUUUCUGGAUAAUCUAUUGAGCUUGGUGAGCCUUUGUAAUGGCCGGCCGACAGCAGGGUCUUUCAGCAAACUGAAAGAUUUGGAAAUCAUAAAUUGUGAGAGAUUAACAAAUCUAUUUUUGUUAUCCGGCAAUAAUCAUGAAGAAAGUGUUAAUGUUGAGUUGACCCAGUUAUGCUCUUUGACAUUGGACAAUCUACCACUACUCGGAAGCUUAUGCAAAAAAAAGAAGGUGCCACUAGAAUCUUAUGCGAAACACAAACCGUUAAUAGUUGAUGAUCCAGCAUUUCAGGAAGGUGUGUCAUCAGAGGAUGAGCCACUAUCACUUUUCAACGGACUGAUUUCUCUUCCGAACUUGGAGAAUCUUACAAUAAGAUUAGUAUGUUGUAGAAAGAUAUGGCAAGACCACCUCUCCAUUACAUCUUCAAAUUUAACAAGCUUAUUUGUUGAGAGCUGCCAUAAUGUGCAACAUUUAUUUACAUCUGCAAUGGUUAAAAGUCUUCCACAGCUCAAACAAUUUGAGAUACGAGAUUGUGAGCUCAUUGAAGAGAUAAUUCUCACAGAGGACUCUAUAGAUGAAACAGAGAAGACGGCGAACAUAUGUUUCCCUAAACUGGAAAGAUUGUGGCUUAUAAAUCUUCCGAAGUUAAGUAGAUUUUGCACCGGGCACUCAAUUGAAUUUGAGUCUCUUAAAGAAUUGGUUAUUAAAAGUUGCUCUGAUUUGACUACCUUCGUUGCCAGUACCCAACAAGUUAUCUCAGAGGCAAACAACUCUGAAACACAAUUUCUCUUUUAUGGAAUGGUUGGGUUUCCUAUGUUAGAGAAAUUGGAUCUUUGCUACAUGAAUAAGUUGGCAAAUAUAUGGCACAGUGGGCUCAUGCCUAACUCCUUCUCCAAACUCAAAACCUUGGAUAUUAGUUAUUGUCAUAAGCUAUUAAUGGUUUUUCCACCUGAUGAUUUGCCCAGAUUCCAAGCACUUGAGAGGUUGCACAUUUCGUGCUGUAAUUCGCUGCAAGAAAUAUUUCAAUUCCAAGAAUCGAAUGCUGAAGAAGACACAUAUGUUGUGGUCGAAUUUAAGCUGAGAGAAUUAAAUAUUUUCGUACUUAAUAAACUGAAGAUGAUAUGGAGUAAGGAUCCACCAACAGUUUUUACUUUUCAAGAACUACAGUUGGUGGAAGUUAAAUAUUGUGAGGAUCUGAAAAGUAUAUUUCCAACCUCCGUAGCUACAGGCCUUUCUCAACUUCAAAGUUUAAGAAUAGAAAGAUGUGGUGGAAUAGAGGAAAUUGUAGCAAAAAGUGAAAGCUUAUUAGGAUCAGACCCUUAUUUUAAAUUUCCUCAACUCACUUCUCUUACACUUGAUUGUCUACCGAAACUGAAGUGUUUGUAUCCGGGGAGGCAUAGAGCGGCGGAGUGGCCAAAGUUGAAGUGUUUGAAGUUGAUUGAAUGUGACAACGCAAUCAUGUUUGGUUCAGAAGAAGAAGCACACAGAGGAGGAGGCAAGCAAGACAAUGUCUCAUUUCAACCCUUUUUUAUGUUUGAAAAGCUCAAUCACAACUUGGAGCAAUUGACACUACACUACAGUUAUUUGCGGAGAAUACAGAUUGAUCGAUCUCUUUCCAACUGCUUUUCCAAACUAAAAGAACUUACACUGAAAGAUUUAAUGCCUGAAUCAGUCACUGUUCUGUUUGGUUUCCUCAAAACACUAUAUAGUCUGGAGGAACUUGCUAUUGAAAGAGGUUCUUUAGAAGAGCUAUUCUCAGAUGAGGAUGCAGUUUAUGUGCCACUGAAACAUUUGACCAUAUCCUAUGCUUCUAAUUUAAAGCAUAUAUGGAAGCAAGACGCCAGUUUAUGCAAAAUAGUGCAAUCAACAUCAUCCUUCCGAAAUUUAGCGACUCUAAUAGUGGUAAAGUGUGAGAAGUUGAAAAGCGUGUUAAAUGUCUCGACAGCAAAAACUAUGGUAAACCUAUCCAAUCUGAGCCUUGGUAUUUGUGAUAUGAUGACUGAAGUGGUGGAAAACGAUGGAGAUGGGACAGAGGAUGAGGUUGUUUUUAGCAAAUUGAAAACUUUGAAACUUCGGGAUUUACGUCGUCUCGCUAGCUUUACCCCGGGGAAUCAUGCCUUUAGUUUCCCAUUAUUAGAAGAAGUAUUUAUUGAUAGUUGCCCUCAGAUGAAGAUUUUCUCUGCCGGAGUCUUGAGCACACCAAAGCUACGGUCAAUUAGAAAUAUCAAAGCUACCGAUAAUCAAUUUUGGGAGGGAACCCUUAACGCCACCGUUGCAUAUCUGUUUGUGGAGAGUCGCUUACCACAAGGGGUAGAAAGUAUCAUCCAUAUGUCCCAGUUUCCUGCUCUAAAAGAGCGUUGGCAUGACCAGCACCUGGGGCGGCGCUUCCUCAGUGUAGAAUCUCUGACAGUGGAUGGGUGUGCAUCAUUCCCAAAAGCUCUAUCAGCCAAUCUGCUACACUCGUUGAACAAGCUAACAACGUUGGAAGUAAGAGAGUGCAGAUCAAUGGAACAAGUAUUCGACUUGGAAGGAAUGUCUACAGAUGAAGGGCAUGUUGGUUUGCUGCCUCGAUUACGUGAAUUGCGCUUAAUUGACCUACCUAUGCUGAGAAGUUUAUGGAACAAGGAUCCUACAAUUUUUUUGGAAUUGAGGAACCUUACAGUGCUCAAAGUGCAAAACUGCAACAGCUUGAAGUAUGCAUUUACUCAGUGCGUGUCCUUGUUUCUUGUGAAACUCCAAGAGGUACAUCUGAAAAAUUGUCAGAUGAUGGAAGGAAUAAUCGAAAUGGAGGAAUCAAAGGAACAAGUACUGUCUGAGAUCAUUUGUCCUUCAUUGAAGAAGAUUAGCAUACAUGACUGUCCAAAUCUGAAGACCUUGUUUGGCGCAGAACAAAUGUCAGAGAUAGAUUUUCGAAGGGAGAUAAGGCUGGAAAAGGAAAAGCUUGGUAUCGAAAAUAACGCACCUGUUGACCGCCUUAAGGUACUUCCCAACUUGGAAGAGCUGUCAUUUGACAGCAUCUCCACCAGAAAUUUACUGGACUUCGAAUUUUUUUCCAAAGUAAAAUCUGUGGAGUUGAUUUCUGUUCCAAAAAAAACUUGUUUGUUUAUCGUUGAUUUUCUUCGAAGAUUGCCCAAUCUGGAAAAACUUGUUGUCGGUAGAUCAUCUCUUAAAGAGCUAUUCUUUUUGGAAGGACAUGACGGUGCCGUAAUUCUCCCACGGAUAAGUUGCCAUCAUUCUCCGUCUUUCCAAAAUCUAACUACACUAGAAGUACUACAUUGGGAUAAUCUGAUGAGCCUGGUACCGCUGUCGGUGGCCAAAUGUAUGGUGCAACUUGUGACAUUGAGAGUAAUAUCUUGUGGUAUGUUGAUGGAAAUAGUAGGAAGUGAACAGGACAGGACGACUGAGGAGGUUGUUUUCAGUAAAUUGCGAAAUAUAGAACUUAAACAAUUAUAUAGCCUGAGUAGCUUCUGCCCUGGCAGUUACAGCUUCAAUUUUCCAUCUUUGGAACGAAUAACUGUCUUACGUUGCCCCAAUAUGAAGAUUUUCUGUCAUGGAGUCUUAAGAACGCCAAAACUGGAUUCCGUGGACGUCUCAUAUUCGAAAUUCAGAAUGGAAGAAUAUGGCGAUCUCAAUGCCAUGAUUCUAGGAUCACACUUGAAAAUGGUUGGAUUUCAUGGACUCCAGGAGUUGAAACUCUCUAAAUUUCCCAUCUUAAAAGAGAACUGGCACGGUCAAUUUCCAUGCAAGAACUUGAAUUCUAUACAAAAGUUGAUGGUGGAUGAUUGUGCAUCCUUCUCAAAUGCUUUAUCACUAAACCAUGUGCGGCAUUUGAGAUGGUUGGAAGAGCUGGUUGUAGAAAAAUGUCAUUCAUUAGAACAAGUGCUUGAAGAGACAGAUUCUCAUGAAGGUGUCACUAUGAGUAGUCUAGAAAAGCUGGAGUUGACUGAUCUGCCAAGGUUGAGGCGUGUGUGGAAUAAUUUGAGCUUAAAAAAUCUAAGAGUGUUGAAAGUCCAAAACUGCAGCAACUUGACCCAUAUAUUUACAGUGUCUGCAGCCCUUUUUCUUGAAAACCUCAAGGUUUUGGAAGUAAAGAGAAGUUUGGUGAAACAUAUUAUAACAACAGGAGAUGAGGAAAUUACAUUGGAAGAUAAGAUUAUAUUUCCUUCAUUACAGACCAUGACUCUCGAGUGUUUGCCAAACUUGUUAAGUUUUUACUCUGCAAAUCAAGUUCUCGAAGGCCCAUCCUUGAAAUGCAUUGACGUAACCGGCUGUCCAAAUAUGACUUUGUUAUCUUCAACAUUUUCAGCUCAGCAAGAUUCAAGCAUAGCUGUUGAAGCAGACGAUCAAACACUUGGCAUGGCUAUUCUAAUUCCACCUAUUAAUGGUGGAAAGGUUGCAUUUCCAAACUUAGAGAAACUGAGAGUUGAAUGGAACGUAGUAAAAGAGAUAUGGUUUGGAAGAUAUGGAAUUCCAUUUUUGGGCAGACUAAAAGGCAUUGAGCUUACUUGUUUGCCUGGUGAACCACCAGUUUUGCUAUCUAAUUUCCUUCAAACUCUCCAAGUUCUGGAGAAGCUUGUUCUUAGUGAUGCUGCUUUUGAAAAAAUAAUCAUGGAUGAAGUGGAUGCUGGCGACCAAAUUCUUGCACAUCUAAGAGAGCUAAAAUUGUAUAAGCUGCCAAAUCUGAAGCACCUGAUAGAGCAAGACUUGAGACUAGCCCUGGUUAUUGAACAUCUGGAAAUACUUGAAGUAGCAGAAUGUGGUAAAUUGGAAGUUUUAGUUUCACCCUCAGUAUCUUUCCAAUAUCUAACAGCUCUUGAAGUAUCGAAAUGUCAUGGUUUAAUAAAUCUAAUGACUCCGGCAACUGCUAGAACUCUUGUGCAACUCAAACGAAUGGCUAUAAAAGAAUGUGAAAUGAUACAAGAAAUAAUUUCUAGUGAAGCAGAUGGAGUUGAAGAUGAGAUCCAUUUGAGUCAGCUAAAAUAUUUUGAACUUAACGGUCUGCCAUGCCUCACAAGCUUUUGCUCAGGUAGAUUUACCUUCAAUUUCCCAUCUUUAGAAAAAGUGCUCAUCAGAGAAUGUCCCAAGACAGAGACUUUUGCUCAAGGAGUCAUAACAUCAAAGUUACGGCGAGUUCAAACAGGAGAGUGCGAUUAUGAAUGGGAUUGGGAGGGCAGCCUAAAUGACACCGUUCGAGCAUCAUCUAUGGAUUUGAGUGCCAGAUGCAUGGUCGAUUAGAUUUGAGACGAAAGAUUGGCAGACUGCAUAUCAUAUUUCUCCAGUUGUAGGUAAAUACAUUGGGGUUAGUAUUAUUCAUGAGUUUCUUUUAUCACCAUCAGAGACAAUUAUUUAUAUGCAUAAAAAUUCUCAUCCUGAAAUCUGAAUAUUAAAUAUUGUUCACAAUUGAGAAGUGUAUAAUAAUUAAUUGUUACUUUUUUCUCUCUAAAAAAACCCUAGCCGCCAAGAGUUUUCUUCUUAUUUCUUCUCCGGCUGCCGUCAAUGGUUUGAUUUUUGUUGUUGACGGUAGCCAUCCCUUUAUUUAUGUUAUUUUAAUUUGAUAGAAUAUAAUAAAUAGCGACUCUUUUUCA